UACACUAUGUGGUAACACUAACCCAUCGGAAGGGGAAAUAACAUGCAUUCACAUACCUGUCCAUUGUCAACUGUUGAAAAUUCACCUGCCUCCUGCAGCUGUUUCUGGAAAACACUGGCAGAACAAGUUGAGUGACUUUGAGCAGUAAAUAAAAUUACUUCAACCAAAUUUCCAGCGAGGAGGUGACGUAGAACGACACUAUAUGAAUGCACAUCGCAGCAGGUCACGGAGUCAGUCUUCUCUGUAGAGCAGGUGCAACUCACAUCAACAGCUCACUGAACUCUGAUAACAUGGACGCACCAAAAAAAAGAGUGUACAUCAGUCUUCCAAAGAAAUUCAUGUCUGCUUUGGGUGAAAACUAUGACCUGGAUCACGGACUGGUGAUAAAAGAUCUGAACCCGUAUUUGAACGAAGGAUAUAUACGAGCUUACUUUAGAGAAUGGGGCACCAUCACAAGGUGUAAGAUAAGCAAGGGCUCCAACAAGGAGAAUAAUAAGGCUGUGGCCUAUGUGAGGUUUUCUUUGGAGGAUGAAGCAGACAGAGCAGACUGGGCCGGUCCUCACUUUAUUGGAGGCAAUGAAGUGGGAGUGAGACGAGUUGUGAGUCCAAAGAUCGAGGAGGAUGAAUCAGAGGCGGAGAUCAUCGCAGCAGCUUCAAAGCCGAGACCACGGCGAUCAAUGGGUCUGGGCUACAUACUGGAAGAUGCUCAGUGGUUAGAUGAUGGAAUGGAAGAAGAAGAAGAAUAAAAAAAUAAAAAACGCAACCUUUUUUAUAUACCCAGAGCAGCCUAGAUAGCAUAGCACACUGUUUGCUCACCUGAUUAUGAAGCUCGGGUGUAAACUGCAGUGAUAUAGACCAUAUUAAUCUUAUUUAGCAUAUUUGUAUGAGUUGUUUGUCUACUGUGAUUUGGAAAUGGGGCGGAUGUGGCUGAGGAGUAGAGAGGUUGUCCUCCAACGAAAAAAUGUCGGCGAAAUGUCAGUCUUCCCCACCUGCAUGCUGAAGUGUCCUUGGGCAAAAUACUGAGCCACAAAUGGCCCCUCAUAGAUGUUGAUGGACUAUUUGUAAGUCACUUUGGGUAAAGCAUCUGAAAAUGACAUGUAAUGUGAUAAAAUAAAGUUGUAGUCAUUAGUAGGGGUAAGAUAUAGAUUAUCAGCAAAAAUGUCGCCAUUGUUUGUGAAUUCAUGAUUUUUGAUACACAAAUAAACUACAUGAU